CUCCCCACCACCACCACCACCACCCAACCACCCCAACACCCCGCAGGCUAUUACCCGCCCGCAGCAUCUUCGGCAGCUGUUCGUGCAUAGCGUGUGCCCGGUAUAGCGCUCGUUCCCGCCCUGCAGCAGUAAGCAGCGACAGCAGCAACAGCAGCAGCGGCAGCAGCAGCAGGGACAUCAACAUCAUCAACAAUAACAUCAGUAUCAUCAUCAGUAUCAUCAUCAGCAGCUCCCCGCGGCCGCGUGUGCUGGCCGGCUGGCUGGAAUCAGAGAGGCGGGCAGGCAUGUCAUUGCUGCACAGCAAGACGGAGUGGCAGGAGCGCUCAGAAGGGGUCGGUGGCCAUGGAGGUCCGCGACUCACGCAGCUGGGCCAGGGCAGCCCGUACUCCAACGCCCCGCCGCUGACGCACGCCACGAGCGGCGGCGCCGACUUCCAACCCCCCUACUUCCCGCCGCCGUACCAGCCGCUGGCCUACCAGCCGCAGGACCCCUACGCGCACGACCCGUUCGGCCUCAACCAGCUGCACCACGCCGCACAGUACCACCAUCACCACCACCACCAUGCCCAGUCGCAGCAGUGGCCCGCAAGCCAGCGGCAGUCGGUCGGGCCCGGAGGCGGCGGCGGGGGCGGCGGAGGAGGAGGCGGCGGUCCCACGUCCGACGGGGUCCUUUUGUCCCAAGCUUCGAUGGCGCAACAGCAGCGGGGGUUGGCGGCACAGCUGUCGGGCCGCGAUUACUCGGCCGCGGCCGCCGCAGCCGCAGCGGCCGCGGCGGCUGCCAGGCGGCCCGACAUCCUGUUGCACGGUGGACCCGGCUCGCUGGACCACCCGGGCCUGGCCGAGCAGGGCUUGAGUCUGCAUCAGAUGGGUCAUCACGGAUUGGAUGAGCAGCAGAUGGAGGAGGCCCUCAAUUUAAAUCUGAUGGACCACUCCGACUCCGUGAUUAAGAAAGUCGUCAUCGGCUCGUCCAAGUCGGGCAUGCACGGGGGUGGAGCGGGCGAGAUGAUGGGCAAGGGGAGCCUGGUGGGCAGUGUGGGCAACCCGGGAGAAGUCUUCUGCUCCGUGCCGGGGAGAUUGUCUCUGCUGAGCUCCACGUCAAAGUACAAGGUGACCGUGGGCGAGGUGCAGAGGCGCCUCUCUCCGCCCGAGUGCCUCAACGCGUCGCUGCUGGGCGGCGUUCUGCGCCGAGCGAAAUCAAAAAACGGAGGCCGCUCGUUGAGGGAGAAACUGGACAAGAUCGGGCUCAACCUCCCGGCAGGCAGACGCAAGACUGCCAACGUGACCCUGCUCACCUCGCUAGUGGAAGGCGAGGCCAUCCACCUGGCGCGCGACUUUGGCUACGUGAGCGAGACGGAGUUCCCCUGCAAGGCGGUGGCCGACUACCUGACGCGCCAGCACGCCGACCCCUCCGACAUGCACACGCGCAAGAACAUGCUGCUGGCCACCAAACAAGUCUGCAAGGAGUUCGCCGACCUGCUGACCCAGGACCGCUCCCCACUGGGCAACGCGAGGCCGCCCGCCGUGCUGGAACCCGGCAUCCAGGCGGCCCUGACGCAUUUCAGCCUCCUCACUCACGGCUUCGGCAGCCCGGCGAUCCUGGCAGCGCUCACCUCCUUCCAGAACUACCUCACGGAGGCGCUCAAAGCCACGGACAAACUCUACCUGAGCGGCUCCCAGCAGCAGCAAGGCUCAGGGACAGACUCGUCCAGAUCGAGCGCGGGUGGGAAGAUGUCCGAUAAAGAAGAUAAACAUCACCGGGGAAAGUGAUCUCCUCCUCCCCCUCCUCCUGCUACCCGCCAGUGCGGCGACGAACUUCGGUUUCAUUGUAAUGAUAAUUAUAUCAGCAGCAGCUGCAGCAGUAGUAGCCAGCUGUGGCAGUCGCGUAGGUAUUGAGUGUGCAGGCGGUGCAACUGCACAGGGACCCACGACCGCUGGGCUAUGAAGAGGUGGGAGGACGGGAGAGGGGAGGGGAGGUUGGGGGAGAAUUGAUUUGGACAGAGGGCUUUAUUUGCAUGCCCCCGCACCUCCGAUUGGCACGGUUGGCCAUGUACGGUGCGAAAGAAGUUCAACAAACAUACACACAUACCAGGGCCCAUGCCAAGACACGUAGCCGCGUCACUGAGCAACGCAAGCGAUCGAUUUGGUAAUGACCGCGGGUCGAGAGUUCACGCCGUGAGCGCAGGCAGGUUAAAAACAAAACAAGUUUGGGUGACCAAGAAAUAAUCUGGACUUUUAUUUUUGGCGCUUAAAACAAGAAAAGCAACUGGAAUUGUUUUAAAGUGAUUUUUUUUUACUGAUGCUCAUUACGGUGGCGCUAAACGACUCGAGGUCGAUGCUGUUGUUGAUGUUGGUGUAACACGGCGCAUUUGUAAAAUGAUGACUUGAGAGAAGUAUAAUUUGAAAUCUUCGCGCGUGCGUGCGUACAUGGGACAUUGUAAUCACCGCUUCGACUUGCUUCGAAAUCCACAAUCGCUCGACGUGCCAGCGGAAGACAAAGGGCGGACGGCGGUUCUUGCGGCCCUUUGGAUGACGAAGAAAACGACAAGUGACGAGUUUCAAGAAACGAUUACGACGACAACAACGACAACAUCGUCAUCGUUAUCAUCAAAGACUGGGCCGUCAUUGAGAACAGAAGGAAAAUCUCACGAGGAAUAAGACGCUCGCGUCUUGAUAAUGGAGAGAGAGGAGACACUCGGAUAGAGGGUGGCCGAUUAAGAAAGUUAAGAUAGAGGCGGUCGUGGAAAGUGACCAAAUAUGUGUUUUUUAAUUUUACUUUUUUUAUUGGAAUCAUCAACGCUAUUAUCACCCUCCUCAUCGUCGUCGUCAUAACCAUCACCACCUUUGCGCUGAGCGUCACAACACCGAAAACCCCACGGUACGACUCCCCCAUGCUCGCCAAUCUAAUCCGUUCAAUCACAAAACGACCACAGCUGUUAGUGGAAAUAUUGCAUAAUUUAUAUGAUUGGAAGGAGAGUACACUACUGUGCAGCACUUUGUCAGUCCACUGCUGGAUGAGGGCCCUGCUCCCAAAGUCAGUAUCGAUCGUGGGUGGGUGUGGUAUUUGACCGUAAGCCGUAACAGCCCCCUGACAUAGAUUCUUAAUAACGCAUUGACUCACUUUGUGUAACAAUUCUGACAUUUUCGAUCGCUCAUGCAGUAUACUGUAUAUAUAUAAAAUGUUGCAAUGCAUUGGUAUUGAGGUUGUUACCAACCAGGCUGCUUCCAGAACCGCUCCCUUCACUACAAUAUUAAAAAGAAAAUACAUUAAAAUAUAUGUACUUGUAUUCUCCGGAUUAUAAGACGUUUGGGAAAGUAAAGACGAUCCAAAAAAAAAGUGUGUCAAUAAAGUUAUACAAACUCUUUGGUUCUAUUCGGUAAAGUCACGUAGGUAAAAAAUAAUCGAUUCUUUAAUCGAUUAUGUCACCCUCCGUAGUGUAAGAUAUUUAGUUUUGUGGUUGUAUGUAUAUACAGAACACACGUAUGCUGUAUAUAUAUACACACACACA